UGUCUGUCCACCAGAGAGGUGAAGUCUGCUAUCCCUGACUGCUGUUAGACAUGGCGUACAAUGGCAGGUACAUCCAGGGCCUGGGCUGGGCGCUGGUCAUCCUGGGGUCACUCAGUAUCGUGCUGGGCAGCGUGGCCGACGCCAUCUUCUCCACCAUGCAGGUUCUGACCUUCUUCCACUACAGCAGCGGGCCCAUAUGGAGCGGCGUGUUCGUGGUGGUGACUGGAAUCUUGGGAAUUUUCAGUGGAAAACAUGCCAACAACAAAUGUCUGAUUUCAGCGUUCUUGGUGCUCGCCAUCUUCUCAAUUCUGUCCACUGCAACAUGUAUCGGCCUGGCCGGGAUUGGCAUAAUCCUGGAUGGAAACUAUUGUUACACGUACAUUUACGACGACCAAGGAAGAUAUAUAAGAGAUUAUUGUACCACAGAAUCUACAGCCCUCCAUGGAGUGGCCAUCUUGCUGGCUGCGGCUGAGUUGGUGAUGAGUUUUGUUGCUUCCAUCAUGUCUUGCUGCGGUCUGGCAACCCCAAGCUCCAAUACCAGCCCGAUGGUGAUCUACACCUCUGCUGCACCAGGUACAGCUGUGCAGGCCAGUCAAGGUGGUUACAUCAUCAUGCACACAGGAGUGCCAGUCACUGCCACUACAGGAGUGACGAGUCAGUGGAGCCAGCAGCCACAUGCAGCAGGUGUCCCCAUGCAGGUGUACAGCUCCACCUACGUGCCACAGGUGCACGGCGCUGCCCAGGGCCCUCCACCUGCACCAGGUGCUCUGGAGUCCAAAACUCCUGCCUGAUGUAUAUCAGGAGAAUACGUACUACAGACUCACCCAGUUUGGGCCUGACUUCACAAAAUUGCUUAAUAAUAUGAUAAUAUGGAAACUUUUAACAUGUGGAAACUUUUACUGUUGAAAAAACAAACCUAAAAUGAUAUAUAUUAUGAUUGAUAUUAUGAAUAAUAUGAUGGUAUUAAUGUUCACACAAAUACUUUAUGACAUUUAAAUUUAUUAAUAUCAAGUUGAUUAAUUACGUUGAGUGUUGACCAAAUGGUGUAAAUUCAGUCAGUUUUUUGUAAGUAAUGCCUUUAAAUAAUGCCUUUAACAUCAAAUUAAAUCUAUAUGUAGCUUGAUUUGUAUAAUAUAACACGUUCCCUCAAAUGUUGCAAUUUGACUGUAAAAUUCAAGGGCAAACUAUUAGUUUCCAUAGCCGUAAUUGGGUGCUGAUACCUUUUGGAACAGCCUGGCACAUGAGGGAGCAACAUUCAUUCAUAGCCAAUCAGCCCACAAUUUUGGACAGUGUUGUGCAUAUAGUACAUUGUAUUACUGUACUGUGUUGUUAUUGGCAGCUCAAGGAAAUGCAUGCAAAAGUUUCAAAUUGUACAAAUGUAUUAUAUUAUAAUUAUACUACUGUUAGUGGCACUUGAAUGAAAAAGAAAGCAAAACAAAUUUAAUUUAAUACUCAUUCUGUAACAUACACUUUUAUUCAAUAUUUUUUGAUGCAAUGCCUACAGGCUAACAUUAGAAUGGCUGGAUUUACAACAUAUAGAUUUCAGCCAAUUUCUGACAAAUCUGACAAAAUCCGUCCAUAUUUUGAUUUUUCUAAGCUUGACUGUGAAGAUGAAGGUCUGACCUGGAGUGGUACUCGUGUGCUAGCUAAGGACGGGAUCAUGUCAACCAGCAAUACCCGUAAUUGUUAACAAUAGUCAGGACGACAGGCAUCAAGGAAG